AUCCCGCGAAUAGCACCUGCCAGCGCGCACAGACGACGCGUGCGUGAGCGCUGGUUCGUUAACGCGAGGAACGUCGUACGCGCGACCGACGGCGUCUCCGGUCUUCCUCGCGCGCGUGCGCCGGUCAACCCAGACACAUGGCGACGAUGACCAGCUCCAGCUCCUCUCGGCGCGGCGUCGCUCUCCUCCUCCUCUCCGUCCUCCUCCUGGCGUGCCGGGAUCCGGUCGCCGCCGCUGGCAACGCCGCCAGCGACUUCGAGGAGGACGGCUUGUCGCCCAAGUUCCCCGGCUGCGAUAACCCCUUCAAGAAUGUGAAGGUGAUGUACUGGGUGGACGGCAACGAGAUGAACGCCCUGACCGGGAUCACGGCGAGGUUCGGCGGGGUGCUGCCGGUCACCGCUUCCGUCACCCAGAAGCAGCCGGCCGUGGUGCCCAGCCCCAGGACCGGCUGCGACAAAGACACCAAGCUGGCCGGUUCCAUCGCCGUGGCGGAGCGCGGCGUGUGCACGUACCUCGAGAAGGCCUCGGCGGUCGAGUCCAGCGGCGCCACGGCGAUGCUCCUCGUCAACGACAAAAAUUCUUUGGAGAUGAUGGCGUGCACCCAGAACGACAAGGUGCCCGUCCUCAAGAUCCCGAUCGUGCUGGUGUCGAAUUCUUCUGGACUGAAGAUCUUCUCCGCCAUGGACGGCGGCGCAAAAGUGAACAUUCUGAUGUACACGCCCACCAAGGCGGCUUUCGACGGCGCCAUCCCUUUCCUCUGGCUCAUGGCCGUCAGCACCACGGCAUGCGCCGCCGUCUGGACCACCGUCGUGGUCGGCGAGGAGAACAAGAAGCCUCCUCCAGCGGCUGGAGACCAAGAGGCUCCUGCCGAGCCUGAGAUCGUGGAGCUGGAGGCCAAGACCGCGGUCCUGUUCAUCGUCGUGUCGUCCUGCGUCCUGCUGUUCCUCUUCUUCUUCACCUCCAUCUGGUCCGCGUGGCUGCUGGUUAUCAUGUUCUGCUUCAGCGGUCUUCAGGGCUUGCACUUCGUUACAUCGAGUCUCAUUGUCAGAAUAUUCAAGUGCGGCGAUGCGAAAGUGAAGCUUCCUUUGGUCGGGAAUGUCACGGUGGUGACGCUGGCCGUCUUGCCAGUAGCCCUGUUCGUCGUCGUCAUGUGGGGAACGCACCAGAGUUCAGCGUUUGCUUGGGUUGGCCAGAACCUCAUGGGUAUCUGUAUGAUGAUCCUCGUACUGCAAAUAGUGCAGAUGCCAAACAUAAAGGUCGCGUCGGCGCUUCUUAUCAGCGCGUUUCUGUACGACAUAUUCUGGGUGUUCAUCUCGCCCUUGAUAUUCAAGAAGAGCGUCAUGAUCACGGUUGCCAAGGGCACCGAGGAAGGGCCGAGCCUGCCCAUGGUGCUGAAGAUGCCCAAGGAGUUCGACGUGUGGAACGGCUACGACAUGAUCGGGUUCGGGGACAUCCUCUUCCCCGGACUGCUCGUCGCCUUCAGCUUCAGAUAUGACAGAUCACACGGGAAGGGUCUGACCGAUGGCUACUUCCUGUACGUGAUGAUCGGCUACGCCUUCGGCUUGUCAUUCACAUAUGUCGGCCUGUACCUCAUGAAGAGUGGUCAGCCAGCUCUGCUCUACCUUGUCCCUUGCACACUAGGAACCAUCACCUUGCUGGGCGCACAGAGAGGUGAGCUCAGUCAGCUCUGGAACGCCAAAGCAUAGCAUCCUGGAAUGCUCCUAGCUGACAGCCUUGGCUCCACUUGCUGCCGAAAGAAGGCUCCACACCUACGGCCGCCUUGAGAGCUAGAAAUUAUCGGUUAAUCGAAGAAGGGAAACAUGGAAAUCUAUGGCGAUUAUUUUAGUGCCGGGGUCCAUGUCGAUCGUAGGGUGCAGGUUAUAUUAACCAUCUGUAUGAUGUUAUGAGAUAGCACUGCAUAUCCAAACAUCACAAGCGUUAGAGUUUUAUACAUACCUUCAAAUGUGUAUCUAUUUAGCAGCAACGUUACACGGGCACACUCCGGAUUGUUAUUACUUGACAGUGUGUUAGUAUAAAAACUUCAGUGGAUAUGUCCAAUGUGAUGUAAAUAUACGAGCAGGAUUAGCUUAUAUUUGCCAUCGUAAUGUUUUGUUAGUUGCAUUUGAUCAUGAAAUACUGGUUUUCCUCUUA